AUGUCCUUCAGUGAGCAGCAGUGCAAGCAGCCAUGUGUGCCCCCUCCAUGUCUUCAAAACACCCAAGAGCAAUGCCCAGCAAAAGCUGAGGAAGUGUGCCUCCCUUCAUGCCAGGACCCCUGCCAAGAGCAGUGCCCAGCACCAGCUCAGGAGGUGUGCCUUCCUCAGUGCCAGGAGCUAAGCCAGGGAGACUGCCCACAGCAAAGCCAAGGUCCAUGCCUACCUCUGUGCCAAGACCAGUGCCCACCUCAGCGUGUAGAGCCUUGCCAAGAGCCAUUCCAGACAAAACACGUGGAGGUCUGUCCACAGGAAGUCCAGGAGAAAUGCUCACCCCCUGGCAAGGGGAAGUAG